AUGAAUAUUACCACAAAAUUCGCGAAAAAAAAUAAAUUAGGACAGUACGCAUCUACCAAAGUUUCCUACAGCAAGGGCAGAUUCUCUAGCGGCGUUGUGUCGACGGAGAAAGCUAACGUCAAUCAUAACGGUACUGCAUCUAACAAAGUUUCCUACAGCAAUGGCAGAUUCUCUAGCGGCGUUGUGUCGACGAAGAAAGCUAACGUCAAUCAUAACGGUACUGCAUCUAACAAAGUUUCCAAAAGCAAUGGCGGAAUUUUGAGCGACGUUGCGUUGGCGACGAAAGCUAACGUCAAUCAUAACGGUUAUGCAUCUACCAAAGUUUCCAUCAGCGAUGGCGGAAUUUCAAGCGACGUUGCGUUGGCGACGAAAGCUAACGGCAAUCAUAACGGUUAUGCAUCUAUCGAAGUUUCCAUCGGCGAUGGCGGAAUUUCGAGCGACGUUGCGUUGGCGACGAAAGCUAACGUCAAUUAUAACGGUACUGACUCUACCGAAGUUUCCAACAACAAUGGGGGAAUUUCGAGCGACGUUGCGUUGGCGACGAAAGAACACAUCUAUCCUCACGGUACCGCAUCUACCAAAGUUUCCCACAGUAAUGGCGGUUAUUCGAGUACUGCAGACGAAGCAUUCGGUAGCGCGCGCAGGGAAAAGCACCUGGAUUUUCUAAACGUUCGCUACGUUGUGGCGGAGUGGGUGGGCCCCUGGUGGAAGGGUGCGUGCUUCCGGCGCGUGCACGAUAAGGUGGUGCUCAACGAUGUCUCGCUGCGUAUCAAACCCGGGGAGAUCACGGCAAUCCUGGGAAACUCAGGUUCAGGAAAGACGUCACUACUCGACGUUAUCGCGUGCCGCUCCUCGGGCAAGGUAAACGGAAGCAUCCUUUACAAUGCUACGAAGUGCACGCGCGCGAUAAUCCAGAACCAUGCCACCUACGUCAUGCAAGCAGAUCGUCUGCUACCAAACCUCACCGUGCGCGAGACUCUCACGUACACUGCGAGAAUGAAACUGCACUGCCCCAAUCAUGCUAUUGACAAGCAAGUGAACCAAGUGAUCAUGGAGAUGGGGCUGAAGAACGUGGCGGACUCCCGGGUCGGCGGCAGCAUCAUCAGGGGUAUAUCCGGGGGCGAGCAGCGCCGCGUUACCAUAGCGAUACAGCUCCUCAAAGACCCAGACAUGAUAUUUUUGGAUGAGCCCACAUCCGGUCUAGACAGCUACACGGCGCGUAACUUGGUCUCGAACCUACGAGAUCUCGCUAGACGCGGGAAAAUCGUCCUGCUGACAAUCCACCAGCCAAGCUCCGACAUCUUCACUCUGCUGGACAAGGUAGGGAUAAUGUCCAAGGGGGAGAUUGUGUACUUCGGGUGUGCCCGGGAGAUUGUACCCUACUUCACCGCCCUUGGCUUCCCCUGUGACAGAUACACCAACCCGCUAGACAGAUAUGUGGACGUGGCCAGUAUAGACCGGCGAGAUCUCGAGAAGGAGCGCGAGAGUCUCGAGCGAUUGGCAAGUCUCGUGAGCGCCUUUAAAAGCUCUCCAACCCACUUGCAAACGAUCAAAGACAUACAUGCGGACUUGAAGGAGGGGCCCACGUGCAUAGAAAGUGACGCAAGGGAUCCAGGGCCAAGCUACUUCCGGGUAGUUCGGACCAUUCUACACCGGAUGUUCCGUAACCUGUUCCGUGAUCGGAAGGACUACUUGGCUCGCCUGCUUCUACUUCCACUGUUCUUCAUAUUCAUCCUGAUUUUCCUUGGUCGCCUGAAGCACAAUCAGAAGAGCAUUCAGGACCGCAUGGGCCUCUUAUACCAGUCCUCUAUUGUCCCCUCAUUAAUAGGCACUAUCAACAGCGUGGCACUAUUCCCGUGUUUAAGGGACCAGUACUACCGAGAGAGGCGAGACGGCCUCUAUGGUACAGUGACAUUUCUGCUGGCCUACUCCAUACACGUGCUGCCAUUCCAUCUAAUCUCCAGCGCCAUCUUCUCCUCUUUGGUCUACUGGGUAACGGGCAUGAACCCGGGCGCUGACCACUUCGGCCUGUACUCGGUGCAGAUAUUCAUCCUCCACUACUGGGGUGAGAUGACCACCAUAGCCAUGAUGGGACUCUUCAUGAACCAGAAUCUGGCGCAGAGCGCCACGACCCUCUUUCAAGCCGCGCACAUGAUCAUCGCUUCCGGUUUUACAAAGGACCUUCAAACGAUUGUGAAGCCCCUACGCUUGCUCAGCUGGGCUCUCAUCCACAGGUACUCGGCCGAAAUCUUUGUAGCCAACGAGUUUAGCGGCCUCAAGUUCGAGUGUCCUGGACCGGGUCCGAACAAUGUUACCCUUGCCUGCAUGGAGUAUGGUGACGACUUCAUCGACAAAUAUUAUCCGGAGAGUCCCGAGUACAUGGCGAGAAAUUUCGGAAUUCUUGUCGCGUAUGUCAUAGGAACGCUGAUCCUCGCGGUCGUCUGCUUCGAGGUCAAGGGCAACAAGAACCUGCAUUGAUGUCACGUGAUAUUAGCAGCACUGAUGACGCGUGAUUUUAGCGAGACUGAUGUGUCACGUGGUGUUAUCGAAACAGAUGCUACACGUUAUUUGUGUAAAAUGGAUGACAUGUGAUAUGAUGGUGACUGAUUUCAAGUUAUAUUAGCGACACAGAUGACUCUAGUAAUGUAAGUAAAGUAAGUGCUCUAAGCGAGACUUAUGUCUGAUUUCACGUGGAAUUAGUGAGACUGGUGUGUCACGUGAUAAAGGCGAGGCUGACCCAUUUAUUUGCAAAUAUUGUACUACUGAAUUUAAUUUUAAGCAAUAAAUCAAUGUCAUUCCACUUAAAAUAAUAAGAAAAUACACAUAUCAUAAUGAGCGAGUAUACGAGUUUAAAGGUACGUCUCCACAUAUUUUUGGAUUGGAGCUCGAGUGUAAAACAAGAAUAACAUUUACGAAGAAAAAAGUUUUCCCCUCUGGGCUUUGAUCUAUGACUUAAAGGUUUUAAAGCUAUCGCCUUAUCCACUUGACCAUCCGGGCUAUUACAUAACUUUAUACAUUUUAUUCUUUAUUCAACCAAUCUGCGUAUUGUUAUCCCCCGCCAUAGGCGGAGGGAUAUUGUUUUGGAGUUGUCCGUCCGUCCGUCCUUCCGUCUUUCCGUCCGGAGCCAUAUAUUGGAAUUGCUUUGGCGGAUUUCAUUGAAACUUGGUAUGAGUAUAUAUAUGGAUAAGAGGAUGAUGCACGACAAAUGGCAUUAUACGCAAUCAGAUAAUAACAGAGUUAUGGCCCUUUGUAUCUUGAAAAAAUGCUUUUUGUGUGUGUCCGGAGCCAUAUCUUGGAAGUGCUUUGACGGAUUUUAUUGAAACUUGGUAGGAGUAUAUGUAUGGAUAAGAUGACGAUGCACGUUGGCGUUGUCAAUCCGUCUAGACAACUUUUUGUGUCCAGAAGUAUAUUGGCGGGGGAUAUCAAUUCAACGAAUUUGCUUGUUAAAACUAUAUCGAAAACAACACAAACCAUCCAAAUUAUUAAAUCGUUUCGCAGUUGUAUAGCAUUAUAAUUUUAUCAAUUUCUAGUGAUGAUCAAAUAAAAUGGAAUGACGGUUGUUUAGAGCCACAUAUGCACACUGAAUGCAAUUUAUAUUUAUAUAACCAUGUUCAGAAUCGUAAUUGCACAUUUCAAUGCAAACAUUGUACACAUGUAAUAAAUCAUAAGUAUGGUAUCCUUGAUAUUCUGCUCAAAGAACUAGACAAUUACUUAGUUUUAUUAUUAUGCGCGAGUGUUUGAGAUAAAUGUGUGUUUGCAUUACUUUCAAUUGAAAUGUAUGGAUUAACAGGUGCUAGAAAAUCAAACUGACACUUACGGUAAUCUUUUUGUAUGCUGGUUACGUUGCUAGUUAUUUAUAUUGUUUAUAUCAGUGUUUACAUGCGUCUAUAUUCCAAUUAAAUUGUAUUCUUCACAGAUUUAAUGAAACGAGACAUACUAUGACAGCUUUAUAUGAUAUGCUUUCUAACAUAGUUGAUAAAAUAGACAAUAUUUGCACAAAUCGCGUUGGUUCAUU